AUGACAACUGGGGUGACAAUCAGGGAACCUUCCAGCACCCCGCGAGCAGAAACUCCCCCUGCCCCUUUGGGAAAGGGAAAAAAGAAAGUUUCCGAACAACUUGCACCCAUCGAAGAGUUUUCAGAUGAGAACGAUAUGUCAUUUGAAGAUAUGUUUGACCGCUAUAGCGCACCUGCUGCUCCUUCGAGUAAGAAGAAGGAUAGCAAGCGACAUCAUGGAGAGAGCAGCAAGGCUCCUUCUACCAAAAAGGCCCAGACUGGGGAUCCUUCAGCAGUCGCUCCCUCAGCUGCUCCCUCAAGAGAAACAACGCCCCCUCUGUCUCCACUUGACCAGACGUCUCCACCUGCACCAGUCGACCAGAAUCCUACCCCUCUAGCACCUGCCCACCAGACACGUCACGAUCAACCUGGAGAUGUCCUGACAAGCACUGUUGGAAUGCUGACUAUGACUGCCGGUUGGCGCUGCACGGGGACUUUGGUCACCAAGAACAAAGAAUCUGACGCCAAGCAUAAUGAGGAGGUCAAGGUGCUCGAGGGGAAAAACGCUGAACUGCUCGGGAAAAACACUGAACUGCUCGAGCAAAACUCCAAGCUGGCCGCAAAGCUUCAACAGUAUCAGACUACCCUGACCAAAGCCAAUGAAGACAAAGAGAAGUUUAGGGAGUGUGCUAAACUUAACUUUCAAGAGGCCAAACAGCUCGAGACUGAGCUGAUCGCAAGCAGAAAGGAGACUGAGGAGCUGGAGGGGCGUGUCAAGGAGCUCGAGGAGACUACUGCUAGCAACUUGGAGAGGUAUAGGGGAGCCACCUUCCAUUACUUUUAUGAGCCGUGGUCAGCUCAGCCAAAGAGAGAAUAUACAAACUCUCAAAGCACAAAUGCAGCUGAGAGGCCAUCAGGCACAAACUCCAUGGAGGCCGAUCAGAAAAUAAACCGAGCACUGAACAAGAUAGCCAGUGGAAUGCUGACUAUGACUGCCGACUGGUGCUGCAUGGGGGCUUUGGUCAGCCAGACCAAAGAAUCUGAUGCUAAGCAUACUGAGGAGGUCAAGUUUGAGGAUGAGCUGAUCGCAAGCAGAAAGGAGACUGAGGAGCUGGAGGGGCGUGUCAAGGAGCUCGAGGAGACUAAUGCUAGCAACUUGGAGAGGUAUAGGGGAGCCACCUUCCAUUGCUUUUAUGAGUUCUGGAAGCAUAAUCGUGGGACCAACUUCAAUUAUCUUUCUGAGCGCCUGAGGCAAACUGAAAUAGACCGGUGCACUGCUCGCCCGGAGGAAGAAGAGAGAGCCAACAUUCUUGCCUUCCCAGAAAUCUCCCUAGCCACAGGAAUUGAAGGUGCGGAAAAUGAAGUUGGAACCACCGUUGACCAGGAAAAUCCUGAAGACCCUCAUGCCUUGUAG